ACAUACAUUAAUAUACAUAUAUAUUUAUUUUUUUUAUUAUAGUGGAGAAUAAAACCAGGCAAAUCCAAAAGUCUGCUCAUUUAAUAGAUAAUAAUGUAUUUUAUUGUCAUUACAUAACCUACUUACUGAUAAACUGAACAAAUUGCAUCAGGCUUCAUAAAACACGUCCAUAUAUUUAUAUUUGUUUUAUUCUGUAUUCUGUCGCCUCGUCACAUAAUUAUGUAACAGCUAAACAUUUUUAUUUUUUAAUCCAAUUAUCUGCAUUGUUGAUCCACUCAUUCAUCUAUUUUUAUGUUUUAGCUGCUCGCCCCUCCUGACGUAACUUUACCAUCUAUUCACUUUAUUUAAUUAUUUCCCCUCCCAGAAAAAAAAAGAGAAAAAGCCCGAAGCUUCUUUCCGUUUUCCUUCCCUAACAUGAGCGCCUCAGUCAGCAGGGGGCCGCACAUAGUAGCCGCGAUCAUAAUAAUAAUAAUCAUGCAUUUGAGGAAAGCCUGCCGCCGACCCGCCGCCGCUCCGCACGCACCCAACACGGCCGCGCUGUGAUGGAGCUGCGCGCUUGAAGCUUCAUGUGUCCGGCGGGACUGCCCCUGGCUUUUUUUUUUCUGGGGAAGAUCAUAUUGGAUCAUAUUGUUUGCAGGACGUUGUUCCUCCUGCAGCCCCCCCAGUCUAUCCCGACGUAGUUGUGAAUUGAACAUGGCGACUGUACCAGUGUAUUGCAUCUGCAGAUUACCUUACGACGUGACCCAGUUUAUGAUCGAGUGCGAUGCUUGCAAGGACUGGUUCCACGGCAGCUGUGUUGGGGUGGAUGAAGACGAUGCUCCAGAUAUCGACAUUUAUCACUGUCCAAACUGCGAGAAGACCCACGGCAAGUCCACACUGAAAAAGAAAAAGAACUGGAGCAAACAUGACACGGGCCAAAGCACGGACAUCAAAGCUGUUCAGAACGGCAGUCAGGUGUUCAUCAAGGAGCUUCGCAGCAGAACCUUUCCCAGCGCCGAGGACGUGGUGGUGAAGCUCGGCGGCGGCCAGCUGACGUUGGACUAUCUGGAGGAGAACGGCUUCAACGAGCCCAUCCUGGUCCACAAGAAGGACGGUCUGGGCCUGUCCAUGCCCGCCCCCACCUUCUACAUCAGCGAUGUGGAGAACUACGUCGGUCCUGACGUCGGCGUGGACGUCGUCGACGUCACCAAACAGACCGACAGCAAGAUGAAGCUGAAAGAGUUUGUGGACUAUUACUACAGCACAAACAGAAAGAAAGUGUUGAACGUCAUCAACCUGGAGUUCUCCGACACAAGGAUGAACAGCAUCGUGGAGAGUCCACAGAUCGUGCGGCGGCUGUCUUGGGUAGAAAACUACUGGCCUGAUGACGCUCUGCUCGGGAAGCCCAAAGUCACCAAAUACUGUCUGAUCUGCGUGAAAGACAGCUACACAGACUUCCACAUCGAGUGCGGCGGUGCCUCCGUCUGGUACCACGUCCUAAAGGGAGAGAAGAUCUUCUUCCUCAUCAAGCCCACGUCGGCCAACCUGUCUCUGUACGAGCGCUGGAGGUCGUCGUCCAAUCACAGCGAAAUGUUCUUCGCCGACCAGGUGGACAAGUGUUACAAAUGCACCCUGAAGCAAGGCCAGACCCUGUUCAUCCCGUCAGGCUGGAUCAAUGCAAUCCUCACUCCGGUCGACUGCCUGGCGUUUUCUGGACACUUUGUUCACAACCUGAGCGUGGAGAUGCAGAUGAGAGCGUAUGAAAUCGAGAAGCGGCUGAAGGUCAAGACUCUCACCCCUUUUCCCAACUUUGAGACGGCGUGCUGGUAUGUGGGACGCCACCUCCUGGAGCGCUUCAAAGGUUUACAUAAAGCAAACAAGCAACCAGCUCCAUACCUGAUUCAUGGUGCCAAAAUCAUCAAUGGAGCUUUCAGAGCUUGGACUAAGAAGCAGGCCCUCCUGGAACAUGAAGAUGAGCUUCCAGAGAACAUGAAACCAUCACAGCUCAUUAAGGAUCUUGCCAAAGAGAUCAGACUGUCAGAGAACGCAACAAAAGCCAUCAAGAGCGAGCCCGCCAUCAAGGUCCCAGUGGAGGAACCACCGUCCACCCACUCCGACCCGGAGGAGCCCGUUUCCCCGGCACACGUCCCGUCGCCCAGCAGAGAGAAAUCCAGAAAGAAAGCUUCCAAACCCCCCAAGCCUCCCAAGCCUCCCAAACCCCCGAAGAUGCCCAAGGCCCCCAAGCCUCCCAAGAUGCCGAAGGUUAAGGAAGGAGGAAAGAAGAAAGCGAAGAAGGCGAAGGAAUUGUCGCCGCCUCCCAAACCCUCCAGCUUUGCCGCGCUCGAGUCCCACGCCAAGGACAUCUUGAGUAAAAUGGACCAGCCGAAGAAGACGAAGGCUGUUAAGAAUGUUCUAAGCAUGUCAGAGAAGGAAAUAUCAAAGCAGAACAAUAUGGAGAAGUUUGAAAUCAGAGAGCAGAAUAAAAACAAGACUGAAGCAAAAUGGAAGUAUAAGAACAGUAAACCAGACUCGCUGCUGAAAAUGGAGGAGGAGUGCAAAUUUGACAGAACACCGCUGUCAGGCAAUAAAGACAGAUUCAGCUUUACUAUGUCUCACAGGAAGAUGCCCAGCUCCAAGACGCUGAAACCUCAGACCAACUCAAGUGUUUUUGGAUCAUUACAAAACCUGAAAGAGGACAAAAGCAAGCCAGUGAGAGACGAGUACGAGUACGUCUCAGACGAAGGGGAGCUGAAGAUUGACGAGUUCCCCAUCAGACGGAAAAAGAACACGGUCAAGAGAGAUCUUUCCUUUCUGUCAGACAUCAGAGAGCCCAUCCAGCCAGCCAAAAAGCCAAAGUUCCAGUCCUUAGUGACCAAGAACGUGGACUCCUCAGAUGAAGAGACUCUGCACAUAGACACGGAGGCCAAGCCGGAGGCGAAAAGUCGCAACUCUAAGGUGAAGAAAAAGGGCGGCAGCGCUGCAGGGAUCCUGGACCUGCUGCAGGCCAGCAAGCAAGUGGGCGGCAUCGACUACAGCGCCAACAGUCAGCCACCUGCAUCUCCCAGCACACAGGAGGCCAUUCAGGGCAUGCUGUCCAUGGCCAACCUGUCGUCUUCAGAGAGCUUGCAGCAGCCGUGGAGCAACAGCCAGUCCAAAAGCAAUAGCCAGUCCAAGAGCAACUCGCACAGCUCGCAGGCCAGCAAGAAGGCCGGCGGGGGAGCCGGCGGCGGCGGCGGCGGCAACAGCAAGCGACCCACCAAACGCCUCCCGAAGAAACCCAGAAAAAGCAGCAGCAUCGAGAGUCUGGACUACGACGACGACCAGGAUCACAUGGACGCAUGUUUCAAGGACUCCGACUACGUGUACCCGUCGCUGGAGUCCGAAGAGGACAACCCUGUUUUCAAGUCCAGAUCGAAAAAACGGAAAAGCAGUGACGACACUCCGUACAGCCCCACCGCUCGCGUUGGACCUUCAGUUCCUCGACAGGAGCGGCCGGCGAGAGACGGCGCCCGUGUGGCCUCCAUAGAAACCGGCCUGGCAGCAGCUGCGGCGAAGCUUUCUCAUCAGGAGGAGCAGCAGAAAACCAAGAAGAAGAAGAAAAGCACCAAAAAGAAGGCAAUAGUAAUCGAGGAGCCCCCGAAAAUCUCUCAGGACAGUAGCUCGCCGGAGCACAAUCUGGACUCCCAGGACGGCAGCCUGACGGACCACGAGUUCAACACUGGAACGGUCAAGUCGCCGGGAGGGCCGCAGCCCAUGGCGCCGGGCGUUUUCCUCAGCCAGAGGCGGCCGUCCAUGUCGUCUCCCAACAACAGCACCAACUCCACGAGCACCAACAGCAGCGGCAUGGCCAAGCUGGACCGCGUGGGCGCGUCAGAUGCCAAAGGUGAGCUUCAGCCG